AUACAGGAAUGGAAGCCGCCGACCAACCUCAAGGAACUCCAAAGUUUCUGGGUUUUGUCAACUACAUCCGCCGCUUUAUCCCCAAUACGGCAGGGUUAUCUGCCCUGCUAACAGACCGAUUGAAGGAUCACGAUUGUUUUUGGUGGGGUGAGAAGCAACAAGCUGCAUUCGACCAGCUCAAAAUCGCCCUCACGUCCUCGCCCGUACUUCGCAUCUCCGAUCCCAACCGUCCAUACGAAGUCGUCACAGACGCCAGCGACAUCGCCAUCGGUGCAGUUCUAUUACAGGAUUUCGGCGACGGGUUACAACCAGUCGCCUACGAAUCACGGAAGCUGCAAGGCGCGGAGAAGAACUAUACAGUGCACGACAAGGAGAUGCUGGCGAUCGUCCACGCGUUCAAGACCUGGCGGUGCUACCUGACCGGAGCUGACGUCACGGUGCGGACGGACCACAAAUCCUUACAGUACCUGCGCGCCCAACCGAAUCUCAACCCACGACAGAUUCGAUGGCUCGAUUUCCUCGAGUCCAACUUCCACUACACCAUCACCUACAAACGGGGUGCCAAUAAUAUCGCCGAUGCCUUGACCCGCCCUACAGUCCAUACCCGGAAUUAUUACUGGCCGAACAUGGCCGAUGACGUGCGCAAGUACGUGUCCUCCUGCACUAUCUGCCAGAUCAUGAAAUCGUCGCAUCAGCGAGCAGCCGGACUACUACAGCCGUUGGAUCCACCCGAGCGACCCUGGCAACACGUCACGAUGGACUACGUGACAGGACUGCCGGCCGACCCCAGCGGCAACGACGCCAUCCUCGUGGUCGUGGACCGACUCACAAAAAUGGCGCACUUCAUCGCCUGCCAACAGACAAUCACCGCCGAACAAACUGCGCAGCUGUUCAUCGCGAACGUCAUCCGACUGCACGGACUGCCCUCCGCCAUCAUUUCGGACCGAGACCCAAAAUUCACAUCGAAUUUUUGGCGCCACCUGUGGGACCAGUUCGGCACCAAACUCCAAUUUUCAUCCGCCUACCACCCACAAACCGACGGGCAGACCGAACGCGUUAACCAAACCAUGGAGCAGCUCAUUCGCACUACCUGUACUGACCCCUCGACAUGGGAGAAAUCUCUACCGCUACUCGAAUUCGCGUAUAAUAACGCGACCUCAGCCACAACCAAUCACUCCCCAUUUUUCCUCAACUACGGACAGGACCCGGUAGUACCCUCUACACCGAACAUCGACUGAACCGUCGGAUGGUUGAUUUCCU